ACUCCAUGGCUUCAUUCAUAAGACAAGACUCGCUUCUGUGGACUGUGACUCUAUAUCGCUGAUCAGUUUACACAUAGUGGACUUUUACAUGGAUCUAUCAUUGCACAUUGUAAAAAGGGGACAAAGGACACAUUUUAGCGGAUUCUGAAUCGGAUCGAUGAGUUUUUAAAAAUCCGAAACGUAAGGACUGUUUCCAUAGCAGCGAACUGGAUUUCCUUCUUCAUGCAACUUUUUUGGAAAGAGACCAACAGCAUCUUACCGGAGCACAAUAAGGAACACAUUAACGCAGGUGACAUCACACUCACUCCGGGAACUGUAGGUUUCUCUCUCGGCUCCGCCCGGGAAAUGUUCCAAGGGUUCCCCGGUGACUUUGAUUCCGUCUCCCGUGGAAGUUCGUCCCCGUCUAUUGAGUCUCAGUACUUUUCCUCCGUGGACUCCUUCGGGAGCCCGCCGGCCAGUGCCUCACAGGAUUGUGUGUCUGCUGGAGGCGGGGACGGGGUAGGCAGUGGUUCCGGGGGCAGCAGUGGAGGAGUGGAUAUGCCAGGCUCCUUUGUGCCCACAGUCACAGCCAUCACCAGCAGCCAGGACUUGCAGUGGAUGGUGCAGCCAACUCUCAUCUCGUCCCAGGCCUCUGGCCAAAGUGGGGCGGGGACCUCGACUAUGGCCCAGUCUGUGUCCCUGGUAGACCCUUAUGAUCUGCCAGGGCCCAGUUAUUCCUCUGGCUCAGGUUUUACUCCCGCAGGCUCUGACACCCCGGGGCAAGGCCCAGCCCCGGGCCCUGUCCGUCAGUCCAGGGCCCGUAGCCGCCGUGUACGAGACGAGUCUGUGAGUGACGAUGGAGAUGUUGGUGUGUUUUUGACUCCAGAGGAGCAGGAGAAGAGGCGUGUUCGGCGCGAGAGGAACAAGCUGGCAGCCGCCAAAUGCCGAAACCGCCGGCGCGAACUCACUGACAGACUGCAGGGGGAGACUGACAUCCUGGAGGAGGAGAAGUCUGAGCUGGAGGCUGAGAUCUCUGAGCUGCAGAAGGAGAAGGAGCGCCUGGAGUUUGUCCUUGUGGCUCACCAGCCCAGCUGCAAGAUCCCCUACCAGGAGCAGCAGGCCUCAGGCUCCACACAGCUCCAGCAUCAGCCCCUACUGCCCCAACAGGCCCCCGUCUCCAUUGUGGGCUUGACUGUGGAGGACACUUUCUACCUGCCUCCCGCCUACACCUCGCAGCCUUCUACUUCGCAGCAGCAGCAGCAACAACAGCAGCAGCAGGUUCAUCCGCAGCAGCAACAGCAGCAGGUUCAUCCGCAGCAGCAGGUUCAUCCGCAGCAGCAGGUUCAUCCGCAGCCGGGGAUGAUGCAGGAGGUAGCGUUUUCUAGUUCUUUCUAUGGCUCAAGCGAGCCUGCGCCGGGUGAGGGUGGUGGUCACCACGAUGGCGCGGCCGCUGGCAGCUACAACCCUUCAUACACAUCUUCAUUUGUGUUCAGCUACCCAGAGGGAGCCUGCGGGGUCAGCGCUAACCAGAGAAACAGCAGCAGCGAGCAGUCCUCUGAUUCCCUGAACUCGCCCUCGCUGCUCGCUCUCUGACUGACCGACAGACACACCACACCACACGCGCGCACACCCCCCCGCCCCCCUGUGUCAAUUACCAGUUGCUCAAAAAAACAGUUGCCCAUGAUAGACGAGGUCAACAACAUGGAUAACAUACAUUAUAUGAUGAUCCAUACAAACUCACACACAUUCAGACCUGAAAAAACAUGAAAUCAAACCAAGUUUGACCACAUAGCAUUUAGUGCAUAUAAGCCACUGUUGUCCUUAUGAGAAAACUAAACGUAACUAACCAAGUAUUUAAAGUGAAUUCAAAUUGAGUCUAAAACUCUGGGCUCUGAGUUGUCAGUCGAUCUCUGAAACAUCCUCUGACAUCAUACCCAGCUUAAUUCACAGUGAAUCUUUCAACGUCUUGUGACGUGCACGUCCAGUGCACACAGGAAAUAGCAACAUGCUCACCUGUGAUCUCACAAGCACACUUAUCCUCCCCGUCGUUCCCUCUGUCGGUCAUUCCUCUCUCACUGCUCCUGCUCUCAUCUUUUUCAUCCCUCUCUUCAUGCUGAAUGUAUUUGUGCAAGCUGAAAUAAGGAAGAAGGACUGAGGUUUGGGUCUUUUUUUUUGUGAGGCCAGACUGCCGAGCUCUUCCUCUCCCCUCCCGCCUUCCUCAUCCUCUCGGUUCCUCUUGCUUCUUCGUCAUUAGUUGUGACUUGGAAAGGGGAGGGCGUCACAGCCUCCAGCUAUCUGGCUCUCUCUCUUUUUAUCCUGCCGUCUGCUCUUCGUCCAUCUCUCCAUCUUUGUUUCUCUCCUCUGUGUGUCUCUCUCUGUCUCUUUGAAGUCUUCGAACCCUGAGAGCACGCCGAGCCCUUCCAGCCCCUGGGACCUUGACUGAGCGCCGGCCCACCUCACACGUCCCACACGGACGCGGACGCACCCCCAACUGAGGAGCCCUGGAGUAUUUCGCUCAAAGCAGACAAAAUCAAAAACUAAAACACACACACACACACACACACACACACACACACACACACACACAC